CAGAAUAACAAAAUGCGUCUACUUUUGUUGGUCAAUAGUGAAUGUUACUACUGUUAUACUUAAUUUUGCUACUAUUCUUGCAUGUUAAUAAAUAAGGCAAUAUAAACACACGUAUUUAAAUGGCCUCAGAAAUUCCAAUUCAUCAUAUAAAACAAAAUUUAUGCUUGACACGGCCGCCGUACAGAGAAGGAAAACGAUCGAGAGCUGUCAAGGUUUAUACUGUCAAUAAUGAAUCCUGUUAUUUAAUUAUACAAGGGGUUCCAAGUGUGGGAGCUACACAAGAGCUCUCUAAAUUGUGUAGUUCGUUUGGACCUGUUGAGGAAUUUCAUCCUUUGGAUGAAUAUCCAUGUGAAGAUAAAUAUACUGAAGUUUAUCUUGUUAAGUUCACAAAAAUUCAGUCAGCCAGAUUUGCUAAAAGAAAAUUGGAUGACUAUUCCUUUUUUGGUGGAUCUUUGCAUGUUUGCUAUGCUCCUGAACAUGAGUCUGUAAAUGAGACACGAGAAAAGCUGCAAGACAGACGGAGAGUUAUAGCUUUUAAAAUCAGACAAUUUGCUACACCUACCAUCACAGAUGCAAAGUUAAAAAAUAAAUCAUCAAGAGUGUCUGUGGCAACUCGUCCCGAUUUAAGUCAGCCACCUCAGUCAGCAACUACAGUUGGUGACACACCAAACCUUUCUCAUCAGGCAACAUCAAGUUACACAACCAAAAAUUUGGCUGGCUCACACACAUUACCAACCCCAGGUCCAGUUACAGCUGAAGAGACUUUUGAAUUGCCUCCUCCACCCAAAGAAUUUGUAACUAGACUAAAUUCUUCACACUCUAAACCUUCUAGGUCUGUGGACCGAACAGCAAACUCUUCUUUCAAGCAAAGACCAUUAUUUGCACAGUCUACUUUCAAACCUCAACAAGAUAGAAAUGUUUCAAAAGUCUCACACAAUAUUAACUCACUAAAUACAGCAGUGAAGAGUUCUCCCCAGUUUUCUGGACCAUCUUCCAAAAAAGAAAGUGUAAUAGUUCGUAACUUUCAACCAAUAAGGACCCCACCUAAAUUUAUACCAAGGCAGGCUAUGUUAAAAAAAGAAUCUCCAUUGGCACGUGUGUCAGAUGAAAAGAAGAUACUGGAUGAAGAAAUAAGAAAAAAUGCUUACUUGCUUGGUGAGACUCAAGGACCAGCAACUCUUACUCCAAGGAAACGUGACAGCUCUUCUCUUGCUGAAAAAUCAGUCAAUGAAACUAUCCAUGCCAUCAGGAAUAAAAUUUCAAAGGUUAUAUCUGAAGAAAUAAAAAAGAUGUAAGAUCAAGAGAGAAGCAAAAUGAAAUUUGGAACAAAAAAUGUACUACGGCAAGCAUUGGAGCAAAUUAAAAAGAACCACACAACAUACGUUGAUCCUAUUAGUUUAAUACGCUAGUCUGGUUGGUAGAGCAGCAACAGUUAGAUCAUCUACAACUGCCAGAUGGCUAAGAUAGGUCCACUACAAGUAACAGAUGACUGUGAUCAUCUACAACUACCAGAUGGCUAAGAUAGGUCCACUACAAGUAACAGAUGACUGUGUUAAGUCCUGUGCAUUCAAGGGAUGAAUGUGUCAUACUCCCCUGCAGUUACCUGAUGACUAGGCUCACCACAAAGUAGUUGGAUUAUUCUAUUCAUGUUUCCAGACUUCACCCAUCAAUUACAAGCUAUACCAGUUUAUUAAUGCUAAACUGGCAGUUGAUGUUAUGACAUGUUAGUGAUUAUCCAAUCAGUUAUUACUGUAUUGGUUUUAAGUCACAAUUUAGAUGUAAAAUAAAUUAUGUAUAUUA